CCCCCCCCCCCCCCCCCACCAAUUCCCUCCCCUUCCCCGUUUCAUCUGCUGCGGCCGGACUCCCUCCACGAAUCCUCCUCCGCCGCCGUCGCCGCCGCCGCCGCCGCAAGAGAGCUAAAACAAGAUGCCGGCUAAUGGCGAUGGCCCUGCCAGAGGGAGCGCAGCAGCUGCCGCAAGCUUGCGCAGGCGCAGAACCACUGGCGGUGCCGGUGCCGGUGCUAGAGGUGGCACCAGCACAAUGCUUCAGUUCUACACUGAAGAGGCUGCUGGGUGCAAGAUGUCCCCCAAUGCUGUUCUGAUCAUGAGCAUCGGGUUUUUCGCGGUCGUUGCCCUUCUCCAUGUUUUCGGCAAGCUAUACCGUACCUCCUCCAACUAGGUUGACAAUGCUAUUAUCCAUGACUAGCAGAUUCAGUCAACAGAGGAUUUCGUUUGUAGAGUUCCUUCAAUGCAUAGCAAAUUGCUAUUCGAUUAUGAAAAGUUUUCUGUUAUCAUCAUAGAAUGUCACAUACCUUUCAGUGGAGAUGUUUAUGGUUGAAUUCUUAAAUGCGUCAUUUGUUGAUCAUUAAUUUGCUGUUGUGGUUAUUCUCGCGAAUGUUUGUUUCUGCAAUGAAGUAUGUCCUGAUUAUCUGACA